GUCAAGCUGACUUUCGUCAUUUGUUUGUGAAUUUUUGAAGCUUGAAGUUCGGUCAAAAUGAAAUUCUGUGUUUUUGCGAUUUUAUUAGUCGCUGGAUUCCAUUAUGGAUCAGCAGCUUUGGAAAAAGUAGAGUGUAACUAUGUUCAGGAUGAAUAUGACUACAUCUGUGAAUUGCACAUAACAAAUCCAAAUGGAUUGGACAGUUUUACGUCAAUUGAUGGAACUCAUCUCGCAGGAUUUGGAAAUGCUGAUGUUGUUAGAGUUGUAAGGAACGUUGCCUCAUAUACAACAAGAAUUCCAUCAAUUAUCUGCAAUACUUUCACAAAUUUGGCAAGUUUUGACUUCCAUAAUGAUUUCGUUGCCUCAGUUGAUGACAAUGCAUUCAGAGGAUGUACGAACCUUCACAUGCUUUCACUCAGCACCAACAACAUUGCAUCACUUUCAACAAAUGCAUUCCGUUUCAACACUGGAUUAUGGAUGUUGUACUUGGACAACAAUAGACUCACCGAAUUGCCAAGAACUUUAUUGAGCUCUGAAGAAUUCUUAAUUUCCCUCAAUUUGAAUGGAAACUCAAUUUCAACUAUUCACUUCGAUUCAUUUGGUGACCAUCCAAAUUUGUCAUAUUUGUCACUUAGCAGAAAUACAAUUACAGCAUUUGAUGAAAGAGUUAUCAACUACUCAAACAUAUACUCACUUGAAUUCACUGGCAACUCAUGUGCAAGCGGUGAUUUUACUGACGAAAGUGAAAAUCGUGACACAAUUCGUGCUGCUUUAUCAGUUUGUUUCCAAAAUUAUGUAAAUCAAUAUGGAAGAAAAUGAAAGAGGAAUUGAUGUAAAUUGGCUUGUGUUGAAUAUUUCGCUUUGGCAAUAAAAAUUAGUUAAAAAGCA